AUGAAGACUGUUCUGUAUCCUUUUAUUGCUGCUACUCUCUCUGCCCAUACUAGAACGGUGCACGCCUCAGUUAGCGGCAUACCCACGAAUGACGAAGCACCAACAACAUCAGGAUUCACGAAUGCAACCAAGCACAUCUCAAGGGGAGAAUCAUCACUCUGUACAUCUGGGAUCGCCCAUGUGGCAGCCAACACCAACGAGAAUGUGAGAUUCGACUACAAGCUACCGGCCACACAGGCAGAGGCUACCCAGACAUGGCUCAAAAUGUGGGCGGCAGGAUCUACCUUCCCAGACUCGAUCUCAAACGGGACACUCCACGUCAACGGCACCUACGAGAUCGGAGCGACGCUAUGCAUGCCCAGCAAUGGCAGCACAUCCAAGCUGCAAGUUCUGACCCAUGGCAUUGGCUUUGAUCGCUAUUACUGGGAUUUCGCGCCCGGCUGGAGCUACGUCGACGUAGCCGUCGAAGCAGGAUACUCGACUUUCCUCUACGAUCGUCUAGGAGUGGGUGUCUCAUCCAAGGAAGACCCAAUCCAUACGAUUCACACCCUCACAAAAGGCCUCAUAGCAACACACCCCGCCGACCUCGACGCCGCAAUCUUGACAGGAUUCUCCACCAACGCCUCCGGCAUUCCCGCCUUCAACCUCGGCCAAAACCCCACCAUCGCCUCCCUCGAUCAGCCAUACCGUUUCUCCAGCUUGAAUAAUGGCUACUUCGUCGUCGCCUCCCCCCUCGCCAACCAACAAACCUUCUUCACAUACCCCAACUUCCUCCCCACCAUCCUCUCCCUCGCCGACGCCACAAAAGGCACAGUCACAAUCGGCGAGCUCUUCACCGCCUCCGCCGUCGUCAAACCCGCCCUCAACGUCACCUUCCCCGUCGCGGUGGUGGCCGGCAACGAGGAUCUGGGGUUCUGUGCGGGGAAUUGUAUUUUUCCGGAGAAUCUUUUGGAGGAGGUUGGGACGACGCUGUAUGAGAAUGUGCCGGAGGGGAGGUUUGAGACGUUGAGGGUGAAGGGGGCGGGGCAUGGGUUGAAUUUGCAUUUUGAGGCGAGAGGGGCUUUUGACUGGAUUUUGGGGUUUUUGGGGAGGAAUGGGGUUUGA